UUUGACCUGUACUACCUGAAGUGUAAGUAUUCUAACAGUUGUUCAGAAUGUCCAUAUCAACCAGAUAGGCCUAAGUUACUGGAUAAAUUGAUAUCAAUGGGUCGAUGUUUUAAGAUAUAUUUUCUGGCUUGUAUAACUGUUCUAUUGUUUCAUGUAAUAACAUUGAUUCCAAAUUGCAAUGUAGGCCUAAUUCAUAAAAGAAUAAAAGGCAGCAAUACUCAACAUACAGUAUUGCAAAGUAUUAGGAAUAAGGUAACACAGCCCGCAGACCUACGAAGUUGCACGCCGAGGAAAAACAUCGUGUUUUUGAAAACUCACAAAACAGGCGGAACAACGCUAGCACGAAUACUUGAGCAAUAUGCUUUCGACAACAAACUAAAUGUGGUUAUUAAAGAAGGAAAAUACACAAAUUUUCACUUUGCAAAUGUGAAUUUUAAUUUUACUUCAAAGAAAAACUUCGUACCCCCGAUGGGCGUCAAACGAGGAGAUUAUAAAAAUUAUAAGUACAACGUUUUUGCGCUACAUGCUCUAUAUAAUAGGCCGGUUUAUGACUCGUUUAUGGAAAAUGGCUCGAUUUAUGUGACUUUAUUACGAGACCCGGUCUCUCAGUUCGAAUCUGCUUUUGAUUUUUUUAAUGUUGGGGCAGCCGCUAUAAGAGACAGUUCAUUAAAUAAAUCACAGAGAUUACAGGUUUUCCUUAAAGAUCCACUUAAAUAUUGGACUAAGCUGAAAGGAUCUCUGCGCUUAUUUUCUCGAAAUAAUCAGAUUUGGGAUUUGGGCGUGGAUCCUGCGAAAUGUCCUAAUAGUUUUGUUGUUGAUUAUACGAUUAAACGAUUGGAUAAUGAACUUGAUCUAGUAAUGAUAACAGAAUAUUUUGACGAAUCAUUGUUAUUACUGAAGAAAAAGCUUUGUUGGGAAUUUAAAGACAUUUUGUAUUUGCCUCGAAACGUGAGAAGUUCGCGGGCUACUUUAAAUGUGGACAUUCGUAAAAACAUAUCAAAGUGGAAUUGGAUAGACACGAAAAUAUACUCUCACUUUCUCGGGCGUUUACAUAAACUUAUAAAGGACUAUGGUCCAAGAUUUCAAGACGACUUAUCUGCGUUCCGUAACAUGACUUCAUUUGUUUUUAAAACAUGUGUUGCUAAUGAAAAAGUGCAAACAUUCCGUAAGACAAAAAAGAUUGCUUUCGACAUGGUUCGUGGUAAUGUCACCGGCCAUGGCGGAAUUUGCAGGCGUGUUGGUAAAUUAGACGAAUGCAACUUUGGUAAUGGUUACAUUUUGUUGCUUGAUUUAUCUUACAUAUGUGAGAGUGUUACCUCCAGCAUUACGGAUUUGAAUCCUUACCUCAAGAAUAUGAUGAAGGGAAAUACAAAUAGAACUGUACGCGGUGGGGGUGGUGGUGGUGGUGAUGAUGAGGAACUUGGUGAAUAAGCCUACGAUGCCUGUCUUUCAAUGCCACUCAUAUACAAGCUCACUUAAAGUAAAGUAAAGUAACUCAGUGGCUUACUAUUGUACAUAUCUUAUGUAGCAAAUCGGUGGUUCACAUAAUGGGUAGUGUUGAAAAAAACAUGAAGAAAAACAAUGCGCAAGAUGAAAUUUGCCAAUAUGAAACAUGGUGUUUGUGCUUGCGAACUACUGUUUUUUGGUGAUCCGCUACACUAGCGGAUCACCUCUUGUUAUUGUACUGGAUCGUCUUCUUUUUUUUAUUCUCACUUUCUCCCCAUUUCUUGUUCGCACGAUAUCUCAAAAUUGCUGUGAGCAAUGUUCAUGCACGUUUCAACACACAUUUGGCUUGUCAUCGAAAAGUCAAUGUGACCUGUUCAAUGUGUUCUGUCACGCGUGACGUAAUCUACGCGCAAUUUUGCGUAUUUUAUAUUAUCGAUCAUAUCAUCCUCACCAAUUUUCAUUUCUAAAUCAUAUUAAGUGUGCAUAAACUUCAGAUCAAUGUUGAAUAUCACGUACCAAAAUAUUUUGCCUGCGCGUCAUAACGCGUGCGAACGCGUGCGUCAAAAUUUUAAAAUGCCCAAAAUCACUUUCUGACUAAAUUAGAGUACGUUUCAGACCAUUUUAAGCAUUUCAACAUUUUUCAAAUUUUUUGCACCGCGUGCGCAUUUCUGUACGCGCCAGGAGCUGUAAAUUUCGGGUUUUUUUUUACAAGUAUUGGGUUUCUGACACUGUCAAUUAGGACCAAUAGCAAUGCUUCACGCGCGCAUCAAAUUAUGAAUGUUUGUGCUCGUUUUUGUCGACAAACACUGAAAUUUGGCCAAAAUCAUGCCUAUUUUCAAUCAGUUAUACAGUAGCUAUAGGAUGAAAGGUGACCCCCAAUUUUUAUUACUUAUUCUUAAAGAACAUUAGGUGUAAAUAUGAUUUUAUGCAUCAUAAUGGUUAAUCGGACAUUGUGACCAUCUAUAACGUCAUCACAUUGCCAUCUGAAAUAACAAAACUACUGAAUUGUCAUCUAUGACGUAAUUUGUUAGAAUACUCAUUUGAGCUCAUGUCACUUAUCUUUAAUCUACCGUCUCUCAACUUUGAGUAUGUUAUAGCUGCGACAAUGUUCUUUCAUAAAUGUGACUUUUUUUUGUAUUAUGAUGAUGUCAUCAUGGUCAAAUCUUUAUGCACGUUUUUGUCUAAUAAUACUGAAAAUUUACAUAUUUUCAAUCAGUUAUAGCUCCUUAGAAUGAAAGGUGACCCCUAAUUUUUAUUACAUAUUCUAAAAGCACAUGAGAUGUAGAUAUUAUUUUAUAGAUCAUAAUGGCUGAUCGGACAUUGUGACGUCAUCAUAUUACCAUAAGAAAUAGAUUAAAAAAAUCGGAAUUUUUAUUUAUUAUGUGAUUGCUAAAAUACUCAUUUGAGCGUAUCUCACUUAUCCUUGAUAGAUCGCCUUUUAACUUCGAUUAUGUUAUAGAUGAGACAAUUUUCUUUCUAAAUCUGACCUUUUUUUAAAAAAGUAUUGGGUUUCUGACACUGUAUUCACGUAUUUCCAUUCUUUUUCAGUCAAUUAGGACCAACAGCUUCACGCGCGCAUCAAAUUAUGAAUAUUUGUACUCGUUUUUGUCGACAAACACUGAAAUUUGGCCAAAAUCAUGCCUAUUUUCAAUCAGUUAUACCGUAGCUAUAGGAUGAAAGGUGACCCCCAAUUUUUAUUACUUAUUCUUAAAGAACAUUAGGUGUAAAUAUGAUUUUAUGCAUCAUAAUGGCUGA